AUGGACGAGAGGAUAAAAAGUUUAAAUUUUGUCGCUCUCGUGAAAACCCACUCGUGUUUAUAUAACGUUAAACACGAAUCUUACAACCGUCCGGACAUCAGGGAAGAGGCCUGGCUAGAAAUUUCUAAAAUCAUGUGCGAAUCUGUACAAACCUGUAAAGAACGCUGGAAAAAUAUACGGACUGUGUUCUUACGACAUCUUAGAAAAACAGCAGCAUAUGGACUAGUUGGACGCAACAAGAAAAAAUACUAUUUGGAAAAUGCUCUUCAGUUUCUCCUUCCCUUUCUUAAAAAUAGUCAAAUACAAACAGAAAAGUUAGGUGUAGAAUUUGAUCCUGAACACAACGAAAGCAAUGAUGCAGCAGAAGACAGCAUGACACCAACUGGAGAAGGAAUUGAGCCAGAAUUUGAAACUGAAUCUCAAUUGAAUGAAACUGAAACUGACCCACUCUUAAAUGAGACAUUAACAGAUUUUAGAGUAAAACGAGAAAUAGCUACUCGUACAACUUUACCUAAAAGGAAAAAUAGUUCAGAUGCAGAAAAAUCAAUUGCAGAAUACUUUGAUGCAAAACGAGCAAAAUUAUGCAAUCCGAAUGAAAGUGCAGAUCAAAAAUUCUUACUUAGUCUUCUUCCUGAUAUGGAAUUAAUGAAUGCUUCUCAAAAGAGGAGAUGUAAACGUGAAUUUUUAGAAGUUAUUGACAAAAUAUUACAGGAUAAUCAAGAACAGUCUUAUCCAUAG